GAUUUGUAAUGUUGCAGAGGUCGAAAAGAAAAUUUUCUCUAAAUCUAUUCCAUAUAUUCUCAAAAAGUAUAAAGUUCUUAAAGCAUAAACUCUCCACUGGUUAUUGAUCCAUGAUAGUUUUACUAUAUUCAUAACUACAUAGAAAGGAUAACAUAUAUAGAAGGAGGGUAAACAAUGCCUCUACCAGCAGAAUUCAUGGAUGUUGCAGACUCUGAUUUUCUCAGUAACAAAGAACUUGACGAUGAAGACUCGGAAUUUGAGACUGACUUUGAGAAUUACUUUGUGUUCUCCGCUGCCAAGAACCGCUUCUUUGGCAGGAGAAGGCCUCUUCGUGUGACCUUAGGCUCUGGAUUGAUUGCUGAUAUUAUACUCUGGAGGAACAAUAAGAUCUCAGGAAGCAUUCUUGCUGGUGUAACUUUCAUAUGGAUGUUUUUUAAGAGGAUGGAUUACACCCUGAUUAGUUUCAUUUGUGAUUCCCUCAUACUCCUACUGGCAAUGCUGUUCCUCUGGAGCCAUUUAACAUCCUUCAUUAAGAUACCACCACCACCUGAAUUAUCAGCAUUCAUCUUACCCAAAGGGUUGCUUGUCAAUAUUGCUAUUUCAGUGACACGUAAACUUAACCAACUACUCAUAGCAUUUGGAGUCCUAGCUUCCGGACGAGAUAUGAAGAAAUUUCUCAUGGUUACAGUCACAUUGGGAGCUGUCUCAGUUCUUGACUGUUGGUUCACUGCUGCAACUCUAAUCUACAUAGUGUUCGUGAUAUUGCUGAUAGUGCCAUCGGUAUAUGAAAAGCAUGGGGACAUUAUUGACAUCCUUGUUGAGAAAGCACUGUUUGACUUGAAAAAUCUAUAUGCAGAUUUGGUGAAAAAGGUUUUCGGAAAACCGCAACACUUGGAAGAGCGCAUUCUGGACUAGAGCGCAUCAUGGUGCUUUAGCUUCUCCAUCGAGGUUGUAAACAAGAUGUGCACAAAACGUUGCCACAUAGUUGUAUUAGUAGUUGCAACUAGUAUUCUUACAAAGUCUUGCCCAUCAUGUUCAGUAAUUUUGAUCUAGCCUUUACAACAAUUUUUGUACACCAUUUUUACAUUGAUUAAUGGUGUUUAAA